GUUGAGAUUCUAUCCGAUAUACUUCUCAACAGCAAUUUGAGUACUCGAGAUAUUGAAGCAGAAAGAAGUGUUAUUUUGCGUGAAAUGCAAGAAGUUGAGCAGAACUUUCAGAUUCACAUCCCUGUUGAAGGAAUGGACUCUAUUUAUGGAGCUCUAGUGGUUGAAGGAGUAUCAUGGACGCACGAGGAUAAUCUCGCGUUAAUGGUGGCUAACACUCUUAUUGGUGAAUGGGAUAGGAGCCGUGGGUUCGGAAUAAAUGCACCAUCCCGUCUUGCUCUUCGAUUAGGUCGUAGCGCCGGUGUUCAGUCAUUCCAGGCUUUCAACACUUGCUACAAGGAUACGGGUCUUAUUGGUGUAUACUUUGUUACUGAGGAGAUGGCAUCCGAAUCUCUGGUUGACGCAAUAGUAGAUGAAUGGCGUUGGUUAGCCGGUGGUAGGUUACCAUUUGUGAAAAUUAUGCUUUUGUAA